GGCUCAGUUUAAAAGUGUCCGCCGCCAGCAACGGUACACCAGGGCCAGUCCCUGGCGUGUGUAUGUGUGUGUGUGUGAGUGCGUGUGUGCGUUUGUCCCGUACCGUUUGCCGUGUCCUGUGCCGCUCCGGUAGCAAUCAAAGUGAAAGAAACACUGAAUUAUUAUUACGACACUAUCUGGUCCGACACUUCCAACACACUGUGACGUGUGGUGGUAGCUUAUCGCCUGAUCCGUUGGGCACCAGCGAACUACCUGCAAGGUGCGCGUGCGGGUCCUUUCCGUUGACCGCAAGUAACCUUGCCCCUUGUCCAAGCGGCUCGCCGCCCGUUCGACUGGUCUGGCUCUGUGCGCGCGUGCUGCUGUGUGUCUUUCUGCGUGCGCGCGUGUGUGUGCAUGUGUGUUUGGUUGUAGGUGUCUAUAAAAAUAAAAGCAGAAUGAGCAGACGCGCUCGGGCAGCGCGAUAAGCGGGCAGGAGCGAGUGCACCAGCGGGGUGUGAGAAGAUAAUGCCGAAUUGAUGGAGGCGGUUGAUGCUCUCCGCCUGGUUUGAACUGAAGCGUAAAUAAAUUCUGCUGCUCGGGAGAAAGACUGCGUGUGCUACUGCCCACCACUACUAUCAACCGUGCCCGUCCGUCACAAAGCGGGUGGCUGUGUGUGCACGGCGUGGAGCGCCGGACGUUUCGCACAUACGAUACUUGCUCGCACUUUGCCUUACGCUCGUGCCGUUGUGUUUGACUGCACAAGGGGAACCCAAAACCCAAGCGACCCGCCCGUGUGCGCGUCAAAUGUGCUUCUCCGUGUGCGUGCGCGCGGCUCGUAGUAUCGGCUCGACUGUCAGUCUUCAAUCAAGUGUGCGGUCCCGCGGGGGAAUGUGCCACUGACGCUGAGCCUUUCCCCUCACUGCUGUGGCCGUUUUGUCAAGUUGCGCUGCAACGAUGCCACUGUACUCGGAGCUGUACCACAACUUCGUCGGCAACACGCCGAUCAUCCCGUCGCCGAUGGUGUCGGUCGGUUCGUCCACCUACAGCCCGCCGACGUACGUCGGUGUGUCGCGGGCAUUCCCGAACCCCCUAUCGGUGGCCGGGUCCCGCACCGCCCCCUCCUUUGCCCGCGGGUACGUCCCGAAGCUGACACCGAUCACGGAGACGCCGCUGACCAGCACCCGCAUCGCGGCACUGGGGCGCGUCAGCUCGCCCAAGUUCCUGGCGGGGGCGGGCCAUCACCACUCCCACCACACCCACGGGCAUACGGGCUCGCCCACCUACCAGAAGCCGCGACGCAUCAUCAACACGGCCGACAUUGACGUGUCCGCGUCGAAGUAUGCGGGCAGUGCGCGCAGCCCCGCCCUGCACACCACCGCCACUAUCAGCCACCGGGCGAGCUCGUCCCCGACCAGCUACACCGGCCGGGCCGGCAGUCCACCCGACCACCCACUGAUUGGCACCAGCGGUGGCGUCACCACCACCACGAUCAACCUGCCGGAGAUGGAGCGGCCCUCACUGUCCGCGCGCGACCAGGAGCUGAGCGAGCGGAGCGAGCAGCGGCGCGCCCGCUCCACCAUCAACCGGAACCGCACGGUCGUGCGGCUGAACACGAUCCGGGCGCGCAGCAAGUCGCGGGGCAGCCGGGGCAGUACCGAGGGCCGGGACCGGCACGCCCUGCCCGACGCACCGACGACCGAGCCGACGUUCGACGAGGAGAUGCUGCUGCUGGAGCUGCCGGCGGUGCGGCCCGGCGGCACCACCUCCUCCUGGCGGGACAACUUCCGGGACGAGCUGUCGCUGCGGCCGCGCACCCGCACCGAGCCGAGCAAGUCGCCCGGCGAGCUGCUGCUCGAGAAGCAUCUCAUCCGGGACGGCGACCCGGGCACGGUCGAACCCUUCCCGCCGACCAUCCGGUCCCCGGUGAUGAAGCGGCGCGGCACGAUCCGGCGCAAGAGCGCGGUGAAGAUACCGAGCUUUCACGAGAUCUGCGCCGACAUCAGCUCGGACAAGCUGGACGACGAUCUGAAUGCGGGCGAGCUGCGACGCCGCGCCUCCCAGCUAAUCGAGGACGAGCUGCUCCAGUUCCAGGAGGAGCUGAAGAAGGCGGCCGGCGGAGCGGCCACCCUAGCGCCCGACACGCUCGAGGAGCGGCUGAAGGAGGCGCUCGAGCAGCAGCUCGCCCAGGACUCGGGCGUGGAGGUGGCGGAAAAGCGCAAGCUGAAGAAGAUCAAGCGCACCCGGACGAAGGUGCUGCCGGUGGCGUCGGUGCCAGGGGCGGAUGUGGAAGCCGCGCCAGAACCGAAGAGGGAGGAGGAGGACGCGGUGGUGGUGGUGGAGAAUGCGGUGGCGCCGCGAAUCGUAGCCGAGCUGGAAUCGAUCGAGGAGUGCACCGUGUUCAAGCUGCCGAAGAAGAAGAAAAAGCAACCGGACGAGGGCGGUCCCGGCGGGGCGCGGAAGGACGUGCCAGAGGUGCAGGUCGUCAUACGGGACCGGCCGGAACCGAACGGAGCGCAGGGCCCGUCGAAGCAGGCUUCGACGGCCGGCGCCAGCGAGGCAACUGUCGACGGGGCGGGCCCUGUUGAUGCGACGACACCGCGCAAGACCGCCAAAGCCGGCAUCAAGACGUACGUGCGGAAGAAAACGGUUGAAGCACUGCCGGAACCGGUGCAGGUGGAGACGUUGAAGCUCGUGGCGGAGCCGGAAGCGAAAGUUAAGGUAGAGCCGACGUCGAACGGGCUGGCAAAAUCCGUCGAGACGCCACCCCUUCAGAAGAUCCAGGCAAUGGACCGGUCCGUUGAUAUGGGUGACAAGCCGGCAGCGAAGAAACAGCCAGACAUCCCGACGAAGCUGGGCGAUGACAAGAGCUCCGAGGAGCUGAAACGACGUGUUGAAGGAUCUUCUGCCACCACUGUCGAUGGUAGCCAAGCAAAGCUACCGGAACGGAAGGCCCUAACUACUGAGGCAAUGAAGCUGCUGACCAGUGAGAAGCAAGAAGUCACGCCGAAACAAACAGCUCAAUCAAUAGAGGUUAAGAAGAUGCCAUCCAGUGAAGCUCCGAUUCCAAAGCAGCCCGAAUCACUCGCAAACCUUGCCAAGAAACCGGCAAUGCCUUUGCAAACAGAUGGCAAGGCUCCAUGCGCAACUACCGAGGCAUUGAAGCUCGUGAACAAUGCGAAGCAAGAAGUGGCACCGAAACAGACAGCUCAAUUACCAGAGGUUAAAAAGAUGCCACCGAGUGAACCUCCGAGUCCAAAGCAACCCGAAUCUCCUGCAAGCCUGGCGAAGAAACCGGCGACGUUGUUGCAACCAGACAGCAAGACAUCGGCUGCGGUAACUCCCACCAUUGCUCGGACCGACCAACAGCCAACCAAUGAAUUAAUCAGCAAGCUGAGUCAACCAACCAAACCCAAACUAGAGCAACUGCCUGCGGAGCCGGCAAACAAGUCGCCACUUACCAAACCGAAGCUCGAGGAACCCCCAGCAAAACUCGCACCGGCCAAGCUGGGCCUGGUGCGCAAGAAGCCGGCCGACCUGAAGCGGUCCACCGACGAGGUUGACUUUUGGAGCACGAUCGGCACGCGGGAGACGGUGUCGUUUGCACGCCGCAAGCAGCAGCUAGUAGCGCUUCGCUCGACCGAGGAAGAGGAAUCGCCGCCGGCAUCGCCCAGCCAACCGUACCAAGGUAUGCCGGGAUCACCGAAGGUUGGGCUGGCGGACAGGGCUAAGCAGCAGGUAGCCCAACCGGUCGGGAGUCCCAAAAGCCCGACGGAGGGUAAAAGUGUAUUCACGCUUCCCGACCCGAAAGCGACUGAAGCGGGAGGUCCUGCGGCUGGUUCGAAACCUCUGGAGGCAAAGCUGGUACCGAUACCGGAGCCGCUAGUUCCGAAGGCGCUCACUACGACACCACCCGAGACGCCCAAGCUCAAGCCGAAGCUUAACUCUUCCCUCACCCUGGACGAGACACCGCAGAAAGUGAAGUUGCCGGAAGAGAAAACAGUUCUGGAGUCAGUACCGACCAAGGCUAAACCUUGCACACUUCCGGGAGCGUCUGCGUCGAAGGAGACAUCAGAGAAGGCUACAGCAUCCGCUGUGUCAGAGCCGACAUCACCCAAAGUGAAAGUACCAGUCACUCCAGAGCCUACAUCACCGAAAGCAAACGUACCAACAGCUCCAGAAGCUACAUCAAUAAAAGCGAAACAAUCUAUCGUGCCAGAGACAACAAACACAAAAACAAAAGUACCAACAGUUCCGGAGCCUUCCUCGCCGAAAGCAAAGCAGCCUACUGCUCCGGAGCCUUCCUCGACGAAAGCAAAGCAGCCUGCUGCUACGGAGCCAUCCUCGCCAAAAACAAAGCAGCCUACUGCUCCGGAGCCUUCCUCGCCGAAAGCAAAACAACCUGCUGCUCCGGAGCCUUCUUCAGUAAAAGUGCCCACUGUUCCGGAGCCUGGUUCACCGAACACCAAACAACCCACCGUUUCGGAGCCUACAUCUCCAAAAGCAAAGCAAGCUACUGUUCCGGAGCCUUUCUUGCCGAAAGCAAAGGUUCCUGCUGCUCCGGAGCCUACUUCACCGAAAGCGAAAGUACCGACAGUUCCGGCACCGGCUUCACCCAAGUCAAAGCAACCCGCCGUUCCGGAACCUACUUCACCCAAAGCAAAGCAACCUUCCGACCCCGAGCCUUCGUCGCCGAAAGCAAAGCAAUCAACGCUCCCAGACAAACCGUUGCCCAAGGUUAGCCUCGCCAAAGUGCCUGGCGGGCCGGAUGCAAUCCCGAUCGCUCCACUCGACACCAAGAAACUGUCCCCGAAGGAGCUGAUCAAAGCAAUCGCUCCCAACAUUGCGGCCGCAGCCGAAAAGAGGCUGGCCCAGGAGAAAACCAAACCCAAAGAGCCAAAGCCCGAGCCGACCGGUCCCACCACCAGCUCGACCGGCACAACCGUGCCGGUGACUACCACGGCGCCUGCUGGUCCGACCACCGAUGGGAAGCAGCCGGACGAACCGCCGACGAAGAAAGUGAUCGUCAAGAAGGUGGUGAAAGUGGUAAAAACGAAAGUACCGGCCGGUUCGAAGCCAAAACCAGAACCGGAAGCGGAUGCACAGGCCGAGCGCGAGCAGGAACAGCGUCGACUGGCCCAGCAGCAGCAACAACAGCAGCAGAAUCUCGAGCGCAUGAAGACGAAGCUCAACCAGAUCACGCUCAACAUGGGCGUCAAGGGGAUGGAGGUGGAGGUGAAGGAAUGCCAAAAAUGCCAAUCGGCGAUAGUGUCCGAGGCGCUUCCGGUGCCGGCAGCCAUCGUGACGACGCCGAAGAUGACGCCCGCGCCACCGAGCGCGACGUCGAAGCAGCCGAGCGCAAACGGGGCGAAGCUGACGAAGAAUAAAUUCGGCACGCUAGCCAACCUGAGCGACCUAUCAGCAGUGGACGGUCACGAUCGACACACCACACAAGCAGUGCAAAGCAAACAGAAACCACAGACACCCACAGAGCCACAGCAGCAGCAGCAGCAGAAGCAGCAGAAAGUGUUCCUCUCGAGCAGUGACGAAGAGAACGGGGAAGCAGCGAAGCAGAGACCGGCCGCCGGUGUCAGUGUAGGAGCCCGCGUCGCGAACGACAGUGCCUCGGAGACCUCGUUCUCCGGCGUGGAAGACGACUGGUCAUCAGAGGAGGAGGACGACGAGGACGACGAGAUGGCGAACGAUAAGCCGGAGAAGAAGAAGCCGUUCGAUCCGACCAAGCGCGUCAAGCUGAACUUCGAGCAGAUGCGCAAGUGCUACUCGAAGGAGGAAAAGUCCCCGAUCGUGCUGGUCGCCCGGCCCCGCCCGCUCUGGAAGGUGAAGCGGCACGGCCACCGGCACAACCGGAAGGCGGACCUGACCAGCAGCAGCAGCAGCGGCAGCGGCAGCAGCAGCUGCAGCGAGGACGAAAGCACCAGCACGUCGACGACGACGAGCAGCGGCGCGACGACCAGCACGACCGGCCGCACCUCGUCCGAGGCGGUGUCGACGAUGGACGGUGCCACCUCGGACAUUGCCACCGACAGCAGCGUCAACUCGAGCACCGGCGGCAAGCAGGGCAAGGGGGCGAAGGGCGCCCAGGCGAAGGGCAAGGGGGCCAAGGGCAAACCGGACCCGUUCGGGGACAUCUACGACAACCCGAUGGUGAUACCGCUGCACGCGGAACCGCGCACCAGCAGCCGGAAGAGCGGCGGCUCGUUCGUGGCCCCGCUCCGGGACGAGAACAACAACACGCCGGCCGACCUGGACGAGGACGAGCGGGCCCGGUCGAUCGGGGCCGGCCACGAGGUGCGCAGCGCCAGCACGAGCAGCCACGAUUCCGGAUUCUACGGCGGUGGCACCGCACCGAUCAGCCCGAAGAAAGCGCUCGAGACGUCCUACACGUACGCCCAGUUCCAGAAGACGGGCAAGCUGACCGCACCCGCCACCGUGAUACCGCGCUUCCGGAAGUACAACGUGGACGAUUUCCACUUCCUCACCGUGCUGGGCAAGGGCAGCUUCGGCAAGGUGUUUCUGGCCGAGCUGAAAAACUCCGACUACUACUACGCGAUCAAGUGCCUGAAGAAGGACGUCGUGCUGGAGGACGACGACGUCGACUGUACGCUGAUCGAGCGGAAGGUGCUCGCCCUCGGCACCAAGCACCCGUUCCUGUGCCAUCUCUUCUGCACCUUUCAGACGGACAGUCACCUGUUCUUCGUGAUGGAGUACCUGAACGGUGGCGACCUGAUGUUCCACAUCCAGCAGAGCGGCCGGUUUCCGGAGGCGCGGGCCCGCUUCUACGCCGCCGAGAUCGUGUCCGGGCUGAAGUUUCUACACCGCAAGGGCAUCGUCUAUCGCGAUCUGAAGCUGGACAACGUGCUGCUCGACUACGACGGGCACGUGCGGAUAGCGGACUUUGGUAUGUGCAAGCUCGAGAUCUACCUGGACAAGCUGGCGGACAGUUUCUGCGGCACACCGGACUACAUGGCACCCGAAAUAAUCAAAGGGCAAAAGUACAAUCAAGCCGUCGACUGGUGGUCGUUCGGUGUGCUGGUGUACGAGAUGCUCGUCGGCCAGUCGCCGUUCAGUGGCUGCGACGAGGACGAGCUGUUCUGGUCGAUCUGCAACGAGAUACCGUGGUUCCCGCACUAUCUCUCCAAGGAGGCGUUGCGAUUGCUCCAGUCGCUGCUGGAAAAGGACGCCUCGAUACGGCUCGGUGUGCUCAACACGAUGGACGAGGAGAGCGACAUCAAGUAUCACCCAUUCUUCAAUAGUAUUACCUGGGACAAACUGGAGAGACGCGCCGUCGAACCGCCAUUCAAGCCCCAAGUCCGACAUCCACUCGAUACGCAGUAUUUCGACAAGCAGUUCACGCGGGAGCGAGCGCGACUGACGCCCAUCGACCGGAACAUCCUUGCCUCGAUGGAUCAGGCCCAGUUCGAGGGUUUCACCUACACCAACCCAAACAACACGCUGACCAAGAUGCGCGAGAAGCAGAAGAAAAAGCAAAAGAAGAUGUACUUCUGCCCGCAGUGUGGCGAUAUCAAAGUGACGUACAACAUUUUUUAGCUAAAGCGGGGCGUUGUUGAGCCAUCUUUUUGUCCUUUUUUUUGUUAAUUCUAUUACUACUCCGUGGCUCGGACCAUUCGGUGCCUUGUGUGUAGAGCGACACAAUGGUUGUGUGGGGCGAGGGCGAUUGCGCGGCGAUGCGAUUUAAUGGGAUAUAUAGCGAGCGUGUGCGUGCGAUACGUCAGCGUGUCGGUGGCAGUUGGUUGCACCUUGCCAGUGCGAAGCCGAACGGUCGCAUUGUAGUAGGCGCUAGUAGCAGCAGCGGGCAGCACCAGUAGCAGCAGACACAGCAAACGCCAACAGCAGCACGAGCAGCAGCAGCAGCACCACCACCAGCAAAGCGUAAAACAAUGUCGCGAUCGUUAAAAAAAAAACAGUCUGAGCGUGCAGCAGCAGAAGCGGGCAAGAGAGUAGCGACCCCGUACGGUCAGAGCACGGUCGGUUGUGUGCACUGUGAGCAUUUCGGAGCUUUCGAGGAAGCAAACAGCGAUGGAGCUUGUUCCAUUUUUUCAUUUUUAUUUGCAAGGAUGCUUUGUUUUUGUUUUGAUUGUUCACAAUUGAAAGCACAAGAGAAGAGGAUUCGGUGAAGCGAAGGAAGCUUGACGGCAGCCCUUGCCAAACGCUUUGGAUAUGGGGUUGCUGACCCCUUAUCUGGGUGGUUUGACCCUUUUUUUUCACCCCGCUCUUUUUAUCGUUUUUCCUAUUUCCUUGGCAACGCAAGUGUUUACCAACAACCCGUACCUUGCACGGGGUGAAAGAGUUUAGCGCCAGUUUUUUUUUUUCCUUUCCUUCUUUUCAAUACUCCCCCCCCCUCCCUCCUCCUCCCACGCCAACCCUUCCAUACCUUUGCUUUGCUCAUCUGACUCGCCCCUGCCGGACUGUCUACCGAAACCGUGACGCGGAACAAAAACAAAACUAAAUCGACAGACCAAAAACAAAAAGAGAAAAACCCAUCCGGACCGAAAGAGAAAAAAACAAACAAAAACGGGACGAACGAACAAACGCACCAAACGAAGGGCGGCGGAAAACAGGCGAACGACGCGACCGACAAACGGCAACAAAACGAAAACAGCAAACCCCUGUGCCCAUCCUUUUACUGCUUCCUAAUAUCCCUGACGACGCACGUCACCGCAAACGCUCUACUGGAACGGGUAACCGCGAAACCGCGGAGGCACACAGAGCACGGAGCAGGGGGGAAAACGCUCCCUUCCAUCAUCCUGCGGCUUUCACCAAAACAGCCAACCAACAUAAAGCGACACCCUUUCCAAUGUGUCCCCUACCUGUCCUGGCCCCUUCCCACUUUAUUUCGUUUGUUGUUUUUUUCUGUUCUCCCUCUCUUGCUCUUUCCCUUCCAUUAUUCCCUUUGUUUUGUUUUCUCCCAUUUUAUUGCCUUUUCCCUUUGUUGUUUUGUUUGCUAACCCGUUUCUUCACCGCAACGAUUGGACGCAACACCGACCCGAAUUGGACGCUUCACCGUAUCUCAUUCAUCCCUUCCCGAACAUUUCACACCAGUGUUCUUUUCCGCUCUCUUGCCUACUUUCUUGCGAUGGCGCUUCCAUGUUUCCAUAUUGGCACUCCAUUCCCUUUACCCUCCCCCCCCCCCUCUUUGGCACAUUAUUCCAAGGAACGAGAGAGUGAUAAUUUGAUCUACUGGUUAUCGUUUCUAUUCCCCCAUCUGUUCUGUUUUUCUUUUAUUAUUAUUAUUAUUAUUAUCAAUAUUGUUUAUAUGUUUUGCUCGGUCGCCUCUGAUUUUGCUCCGAUUUUAAUUCUGUUUUGAACUUUCUUUUUUUUUUUCCUCUUCUGCUUCUUAUUCUCCUUUUUUUUCUUUCUCUUUUUCCCUUUCUUCUUCUUUUUCCAAAUGCUUUCCGUUGUCGAUGUUUUCUAUUUCUUUUAACUUUAUUGUGUUUUAUCUUUUAUAUAUUUUUGAUACUUUUUUUGUUUAACUAUCCCUAUUCGCGCACAAUGAAAACAAAACUGAUGUGUUUUUUUUUUGCAAAACAAUCCAAAAAACCCAGCCAAGAUAAUGCAAGGCUUUAUAUGCUGCUGCGCAGCAGAUACGAUUAGUAGGAGUGAUGCAAAGUGCACCUGGGGUGUGGGGGAACAAAAUAUGCACGAACUGAAAAACCAACCAAACAAACGACUUCAACGGUAUUGUAAGAAAAGGCUUGAUAAACCCUUUGCCCAGCCUUUGCUAGGCAAACCCGCUAGGCAAACCACCUCCAUCCCUUUCUCCCUUGGCUUGGCACCACCUUCCAGCUAUUCUAUCCUUUCUUUUUCCGCUUUUUUUUUGUUUCGUUCCCUUCUCUUUCCCGAUUGGUUUUCCCAAUUGAUUUUUUUUUGAACUUCGUCUCCAUAUAGGCAUAUAUUGAAUUUAGCAUGUUUAAGUUUGAAUCAUAUUCCCCUUCCCUACCCCAAUCCCCCUACCCCCUCCACCUCCCCCCCCCCCUCCCCCUAUCACGUGGUUGAUUGUGAAACGGUCCUAGAAUUAAGCAAGUAGAUAAACAAACCCUAGAGAGUUGCGCCUAACAGUAAGGAGAGCUAGGAGGAGUUUGGGCGCACCAAACUAAUGCGCUGGCGAAAGCGCCCCUCAAUCAUUUGUCCCGUCCCAUUUGUUUUGUAAACCGUGCCCGUGUGUACGCCUCCCUGCCAAAAUGGUGGGGGGGGGGUGUCCCCGCCCGCGGUGCUCGGAGUUUGGCGUUCGGUUGGUAGGGAUCGCUGGGAGCGAUCGAACAUGUCUUAGCUACAACUUUGCAUUGGGCCAUCACCACCAAUCGUGCCCGGAAUCCCCGGAACUCCAACAGGGAUGGGGAUGAACGCGGUGCGUGGAGAAUUGUGAUCGGCCGUGGUGGAAACAGUGAGGAACAGGAAGGGGCAGCAUCGCGAGGGCAGCGCGCAUACACAUUUUUUGCGAACACGAGCCAGCAGCUCCAGGGUCGCCUGGGUCGCCUGGGCAGGGGCAAAAGUGUGCGGUGUGAAGAGGAGGAAAAGUACCUUGGUUUUUGCCUUGCCCCUUUGCCAGCUCCCACUCCCCCAGCUGGCUGGCCCGCGCUCGACCUUUUCCACGCGCUGGCUGGUGAUGCAGCUGUUCCUUUCCUUCUUUGUCGCCCUCUUUCUUUGUCGUUUAUUGGUAAUUACAUGGUAGCAGCUAGAAGAAGAAGAAGAAGAAGAAAAGUCCUGAAAAUCAGCAAAAAAAACACACGAAACCAUCACACCAAUAAUCACUCGGAAUUGCCUAUACCAAGUUUUUUGCGUCAAUGCUAUGUGAAUCGUUUAACUGUAUGUUUUAUUUAAAUAUUGUAUACUAGGGUAGCGUGCCUUCUUUUAAAAAAAAAGUAUAAGCUAGACAGGUGGAGUGCGAGCGGCUAGCAGGAGGCAGUAGCACGCUAUAUUGCGAGAGAUAGUUUAGGGUUAGCCACCGUCUACUAAACAUAAUCUACACUCACACACACACACACCUACACUCUUUCACACACUCACACAUGUACUUACACACCAAACAAAAAAAAUAUUAUGAAUUCAGAUUCCGCGCAGAGAGGUUUGUCAAGAAUACGACACAGUUUUGCUAAAUAAACAAAGCCCAGCAUUAAACGCAUACAUUAUUUAAAACAAAAA